AUGAUGAUGAUGAUGAUGAUGAUGAUGAUGAUGAUGAUGAUGAUGAUCGAUGAUGAUGAUGAUGAUGAUGAUGAUGAUGAUGAUGAUGAUGAUGAUGAUGCCGUUGUGCUUUUGCGGUGCUUGCGACACUAUGAGACGCAUAUAAUCCACCUGCCCGGCUGCAAAGAAUGCUUGAAGAGAACUCUUGAUGGCAGUUCUGACUGCAAGCGUUGUCUCGCUGAGGUAAUCUACGUUACUGAAUCAGUGAAGUGCACGGUGGAAGCCAAGGUCAGGAAGACAAUGGUCCUUCUCAACCUUGAUGUCUAA